CCGUGACCCUCGGACCCUCGGGCGCGUCGGCGGCGCCGAGCGUUCGACGAGUCCCGUCGCACCCGCGAAUGAACCCGGCGGCGCCGGGCCUCGCCGCCCCGAAGCCGCCGUCGCCCGGCGCGUCCCCCACGGCGCGCCUCGGCCCGAGGCACGCGUCCCCAGCCGGGGGGGGGACCCCGAGGUCCCCGCGCUGGGACGCCGUCGCCGCCGCCGUCGCAGCGCGGUCCGCGUCGCCGUCAUCGAGGUCGCCGCCGGGCUCGGGCUCGGGCUCGGGCUCGGGCUCCAACCCCGCUGUCACUCCGGGCUCGUCGCGGUACUACCGGGAGCGGGUCGGGAUUGCGGGUCCCGGCGUGACGACGCCUCCGUCGGGGGGAUCGUCGGGGGAUCGAAUCCCGCGAUCGCCGCCGUCGUCCAACCCCAGGCGAGCCAUGGGAGCGGGUAGCCCGGAUUCCGUGGACAUCUCGCGAGCGAUGCGAACGGACCCGAACCUGAACACGGGCACGAGGGACGACGACGACUCGAGGCAGUUUAGCGUCUCGGACAUCUCCGGCGACGUGAGCGUCGGUAAGAGCCCGUGAGCGGCGAGAGAGAUGGCGCGUGACGCGAAUGAUGAAUGAUGCGUGUGAUGUGAAUGAAACGCUCGCGGAUGUCUCG